AUGGCAGACGAUAAAGUCUGCAAUUUCUCUUGUGGUGUUGAAACAGCUUGUUCAGAUAAUUGCACCCCGAUAGAGUCAGAAAUUGCUGAAAUACAGAAUAUUCUACUAACGGAAUCUGGGUUUUUACCAACAUCUUUCACGAAAAAGUUAUUUAUCUGUGAUAUUCAUCGAAGUGAAAUCUUAAGUAGAAACAAUUUAAGGAAAAGGUCAAUACAAUGUGGAUUGCCAGAAGUGUUAACUACGCAUAAAAAAGACAAUCAAAAGAAGUCAGGAUGGUUUAGGGUGAAGGGGGACAGAGUUUUAAAUCUACAAAAGGUCACUGAAAUACAGAGAGCUACUGGUGUCGUAGUUCCCAUUGGAACACCAAUUUGUCCAAAGUGCAGAAAAGCUUUACUUAUAGCUACAUGUAAUUCCACAAAUUUGCCUGAUGACAACACUGAACCUACUUCUUUAACAACCAAUUUCCAUGAUCUUCAGGAUAAGCCCUUGCAAGAUUUUCCUAGUGAAGAUUUUCAAGACAUCAGAUCAAGUAGGAAACCAGUCAGAUAUUGUGAUGAUCAUGAUGUUUUAUCCUCAUCAAGUCAAGAGACUGUUACUGAAGGAUCUACUACUUGUGACAGCCAGGCCUCAGUUUCAAGAUAUGACAGACUUGAAAAAUUGAAUGAAUUCCUGAAAGCGUGUGAUCUUAACCCAUUUCAACAUUUGUCUGAAAGUCUGGAAAAUCUAAGUGAUCGUACUAAACGGAGGUAUCUACAGAAAAUAAGUGAAUGUAUAGAAGCUAUUCUGAAUACAGUUUGUCCAGAGGAUGUUGAGUUUGUUAAAAGUGACCUUUUUGGGGGUAAUGAGAAAGCACAUUCAGAGGAGACAACCCCAUUGCUGUUAUCAUCAGUGUCCGAUGCUUACUUAAAGGCAAAUACUUCAGCCUUGCGAAGGCAAUUGUUGUCCAUUUUAACUGGACAGUACAGUUUCUCUGAAGUCAAGGCUACAAUUCCUUCAUUGACUAUGUACAAAUAUUACUCAGCUAGGAAACAUAUGGAAAAUAUUGGUACGGGUGUACCUGUGUCCUUCCAGAAAACACCCCGCACAAGAGUAGCAGAUGAAAUGCUUGAUCACUUCUUGGAUUUCAUCACAUCCAAUCACAUUGUGAAAGAUUUGCCAUUUGGGGAAAAAACAUUGGUACUUACCUCAGGGGAGAUAAUCCAGACACCAAAUGUGAUAAGGAGCCUUGCACCUGCAGCAAUUGUGCAACAAUACACACAGCUUUGUCAUGAGGAAAACAUGAAAUGUUUAGGUACAAGCACAAUGUACAAAAUUUUGAACGACUGCAGUGCCUCGGUUCGCCAGUCAGUGGAAGGCCUGGAUUAUUAUGUAGCUGAGGGAGGACAGGCAUUUAAAGAACUUGAAAAUAUAGUGCAGCAGCUAGAUUUCACCUUAGAGGAGAAGCAAAUAACACUGAAGAGUUUGGUAUCAGCAAAACACUACUUAAAAACAGACUUCAAGCUGCAUGUGAAAGCAUCUUCAUCCACACCAGACCAUUGUUGUACCUUUGCCCUGAGUGAAGGAAGUGGGUGUUAUAGUCAGAGUUGCAUCAACCAUACUCAUACAGAUGGCUGCAGUGAAUGCUCUUCAAUGGAUGAAACCUUACAAUUUAUCACACAGAAGACAGAGGAAAGACAUUGGGACAAUCCAGAGGUAGAAAAAGCUGUAUCAGACAUAUAUGAGUGGAAGGGGCAUAUUCUUAGAGCAAAAAACCAAGGGAUGGCUAGGCAGGAUGUACUGAACUCAAUGGAUGAUGGUGAAGUUCUGGUUAUAGCUGACUGGGCCAUGAAAUUUCUGCCAAGGAAAUUUAGGGAGGGACAAACCGACUGGUUUGCCAAAAGGGGAAUUAACUGGCACAUAUCGUUUACAGCAUUCAAGGAAGAAGGCACUAUGAAACAUCUCACCCAUGUUCAUAUCUUUGACAACCCAAUUGCACAAGACGCUGCAGCAACGUCAGCCGUACUCAUAGAUGUCAUCCAAAAUGUAUGCAUUCUGCUACCCAAUGUGAAGAAAGUAAAUAUAUGGUCUGAUAAUGCAGGUUGCUAUAAAAGUACAGUAACACUUGCAACUUUACAUCAAGAGCUUGGCGAGAGAAUAAAAUCCUACAACUUCUGUGAACCCCAGGAUGGGAAAGGGCCCUGUGACAGAAAGGCUUCCCACAUCAAGUCAGCCAUUAAAAGAUACAUCAACCAGGGCAAUGAUGUAACAGAUGCUAAACAAAUGAAGAUGGCAAUCAGUUCACAACAACAGUACAUGGUCAAAAUUGUUAUCCCUAUCAUCAAUGCAGACAUUGGGAGGCCUAAGGUUAAGAAUAUCACUGCUAUUUCAACUCUUCACAACUUUCUGUUUACAGACAAUGGGUUGAAAGUAUGGAGGCAAUACAGCAUUGGGCCAGGAAAGCUGAUCCCAUGGAAAUACAUUGUUAUAGAGAACAUCCCUGUCAUGCAGUUUCAUAUUAAUGAAGACUGGUUGGAAGCAGAGACAUGUAUCUCUACAAUGGAUUCUGAAGUUACACAAGAUGAAGACAACGAACCUAACGAAAAUGACAAUGAGGACAUACAGGGGCCUUCAACUAAAAAGAGAAAGUUGAUGCAGAAAAUCUUUCCCUGUCCAGAAGAAGGAUGUAUACGUCAAUUUCGCUAUGCAUCAUCAUUAGAACAACACCUUCUUCUGGGAAAUUGUGAUCUAAGAGAGGAAAAACUUAGUUUGACUGAUAAGUCUAAAGUGAGGUACGCCCUGAAAUUAGAAGGAAGUAAUGAUAUGUCAGGGUUAGGGUUUUCAAAGAGUCCAGAAAGAUCCAGCAAAGUUUCCAAUUUGAAAGUUGGAUGGGGAUUGAAGGUAAAAAAACCAAAAAAACAUUUCACAGAAGACCAGAGGUUGUUUUUACUGGAAAAAUUCGAAGUAGGAAAACGAACAGGAAGAAAAGAAGAUCCGGUAAAAGUGUCAGAAGAAAUGAGGUCACUGGUGCAGGAUGGAAAGAGAAGAUUUUCUAAAGACCUCUUCCUUAACCCGCAGCAAAUCGCAAGCUUCUUUUCAAGACUUGCACAAAAGGACAGAAAAGAUGGUGAUUUUGAAGCAGCCGAGGCAGACACCAAAUCAGAGGGUUUGAAGGAACACGUUUUAGCAGAAUGUUUUCUGUAA